UACGGCAAGAAGGGGAAAGAAGAGUGAGAGAGGUGUGUGUGUGAUUGUCGAACAUCUGUCACUAAGCGAAUGCUAGCUCCGUUCGGUCCCGAAAACCGCGAUACUGUCAUGGCAGCACUCGCUUUUGUGAUUUUUUGAGGCGAUCACGUAUUACGUGCACGCGUAUACGCAUUUGUGUUGCGUUCGACGAUUUUAUAUAAGACGAGCCCUCGUUCGUACACACACGAUAAAUAAAUCAUGAGCUCAGGUAGACCAAUAAAAUGUGUAGUGGUAGGGGAUGGGACAGUAGGAAAAACUUGCAUGUUAAUAUCAUACACAACAGAUAGUUUUCCUGGGGAGUAUGUACCUACUGUGUUUGAUAAUUAUUCAGCACCCAUGGUUGUUGAUGGAAUUCCAGUUAGCCUAGGCUUAUGGGAUACAGCAGGACAAGAGGAUUACGAUAGACUUCGUCCUCUCUCCUAUCCUCAGACAGAUGUGUUUCUCAUUUGUUUCUCAGUAACGAGUCCCUCGUCAUUCGAAAAUGUCACCAGCAAAUGGUACCCCGAAAUAAAACAUCACUGCCCAGAUGCACCAAUGAUACUUGUUGGAACUAAAAUAGACUUACGAGAUGACCGUGAAACGCUUACUGCCUUAGCUGAACAAGGCCUUAGUGCUAUUAAGCGUGAGCAGGGACAGAAGCUGGCAAACAAGAUUCGUGCAGUGAAAUAUAUGGAGUGCUCUGCUCUUACACAACGUGGACUGAAACAGGUAUUCGAUGAAGCGGUACGUGCCGUUUUAAGACCGGAGCCGCAAAAACGCCGACAAAGGAGGUGUAUUAUGUUAUAAAUGAACGAUGGGAGAAAUUGAAGGAAAUCAGCAUAGGUAAAGAACGUAUGUAAAGCAACAGAUCAAAACGAAAAUUUGAUCACUAUACGCAAAGAGAGAAAAUAUGAAUAUUUAAAACGGGGAAAAAGAAAUGAAUAAUACGUGCAUUUUAACGAAUUAUUCUGGCAGCUAUAUAGAUUACACCACAUCACAGAGGGAGAGAGAGAGAGAGAGAGAGUACAAUUUGUAACUUCCUGGUCUCGACGCGAGUUGUGAUGCUGAAAUCACGACUAGAAAGUUUAGACAACGAGAAAGUAAGAAAAAAGUAGAAUAAUUGUUUAGCAGUUGCAAGAGGGAAGUCCAUUGCAGGCUUGCAGGUGUCUUUCCUUGAAUUUACAUCCGUGUAUACAUAUGCAUAUUGGUGAAGGGAUAUAUGAUCACAAUAAUGUGCAGUUGAUAUUCUAACUUGAAAAUGGCUCAUGACAUUCUUUUUGUAUUUUAUAAGAGAACUCUCUGUUGAUUAAUAUUGCAGUCCUGCAAAUUGAUGAUACAGUAUAAAUGUGUGCUGUGAUGACUACAAGCAUUAAGUAUCGAAGCUUUACUUACCACAGGGCUGCCAGAUUUUCGACUUUUUACAUUUACAGUAGUAGGAACAUUGAUUUUAGUACAUGUAAUAUGAUAGCUAUUACAACAAUCACAUGCUGACAAGUUUUGCGAAGUAAACGUAAAACUAGCGUUAUAGAAUUAUUUAAACAUACAGUGCCAUAGCAACGAAAAAUCAAAUGGAUGUCGCAAGCACUUAAUCAAUCAGUUCUAGACAAUAUAUGUGUAUAUUUUACUAACAAUUAUUCCAAAUACGGGAAAAAAUUCUUAACAAGACGCGCGUAAUCUCAUAACAAAAAAAUGUAUGUACGUAAUUUUAGACAAACGUUUUAGCACGUUUGUUUUUCCAUUUUUUAACGACACGUGAAACAUAUUUACUUUUAUUAAUACUUCUAUUAAGAGAUGUAUGCAUACAGGAUACUGCCAUGAAAUAAUAACGUAACGCAACACCUUCAUAGUAUCCCAUGUAUUGCCAAACGAGGAAAAUCUAUUAUCUUGUCUAAUAAUUAUACAAAUCAAAUUUGACAGUGACGCACGAGAUACUUUAUUGUCUAGAAUUGUAACAUGUUUUCCAUGCCUGUGUGUUGAAAGGAGUAGUGGUACGCAUGUACAUUAAUAUUUAUUUUAUUUUGAUAAACUUAAAAAAAAACGGAGAAUAUUUUAAUAUGAUUUUAUCGGAGGAAGUAGAAUCUCCUAAUAAUAUCUUUUACUUGUGCUUGUAACAGUUACAAUGUUGUACAAGUUGUUGCAUCGAUGCCCAGUUUAACUAACAUUAUUCAAAACUUUUUUACAUAUAAAUAUAAACCUAAAUAUGUUUUGCAAAAGUAAUAAUCAAAAAAAUAUAUCAGUUGGAUAAUGAUAUGGAAUACCAGUAACAAAUAUAUAGCAAUGCAAAAGCCACCUAAAUCGAGAUAUACAAAUAUAGCACAGUGUAUUUUCUUAAAUGUUACAGUAUACUUCUCACACUCUCUUCCAUUUAUUUGUAUGAGAAUAAUUGUUUAUAUGAAAAUUACGAAAAAACUAGUAUGAUAAUUUAGAGAUAUAGGUGUCUUGUACAAAUAAGUAAUCUAUUGCUAUAGAGUUGCUCAUAUCAUUGUAAUUCAUUAUCUUACUAAUCAAUUGUAAUUGCGACUAUGUACUUUUUUUUAUUUAUCUUCUGUUAAAAAGAUCAGGUUUCAUUGCCAUAGAUAUUAAACGCUCUCUACGGACUCAAUGAUAAAGUAGUGUGAUGAUAAAUGGAUAUUACCUUACUUGUGAUCACGCUAUUUUUUUAUAUUCGAAAGCUUAGGAUAGAAGAGAUAGGACCUUUGUGCCAUAUGUUUUCCAUUUAAAACAUAUAUUAAAUCACAUUCGAGAUCAACUUUCAAAUGAUUAUUGUAAUCUCAUAAAAUUUAAUUAUAAGAAGUGAAUAUCUAGCACUAGGAACGACCGAGUGGCUCAUAGUAGUUAUUUAAACAAGUAAUUUUUUAAUUUUGUUUUACAGCAAAAGAUAGGAAGCAAUUUUAGAAGAUAAAAUAUUUUUCUCUUGCAAUCUACAUUACCAAUAUUAAUACGUUUUUAUGAAACACAAAUUUUACAGUUGCUUGAAAAACUUGGCGAUUAAAAUUAUCUUGGCCGUUCUAAUGCUAACACGCAGCAGAGAUGAAAAAGCACACACACACACAUAAAUUUUACAUAUUACUGCUUAUUAGGUGUACAUAAUGUAGCAUAGAAAAGUACUUCGAAUUUCGAACGUAUUUUAUGUUUUUUACAGCAAAACUUACAAUCUUUUUUAUUCCGGAAAUUUUUAUAUGCGCCGAUAGGUCUUAUCGUGGAUUGAUCGACUCGCAAUUGAUUGAUUAAAUAUAAUUAACAUUGAAAAUAUAUAAUUAUAUAUGUAAUUUAUCUUAAAGUAUUUAUGAUAUCCUUGUUUUCACGAAAUUAAAAUUUAUGGUAGAAUGCUCUCUCUAAAUUAAAAUUGCAUCUUUUAAAUAAUUUAUCAGGUCUACCAUUUUUUAAAUCUUUUUUUAUUGCAACCUAAGAUAUAGUUAAGUUAUUUAUAAGUAUAUAUGUGUAUACUUACAUAUGUACAAUAAUGUAUUAGUUAUAGCACAAUAAUAUACUACGAUUAUCUAUUGUAAAGUAAUGUUAUGCAUAGAUUGCAUUUUUGUAAGUAGUGCAUUUAUUUUACAGAUUUCACACAAAUAUUUAGCAUACUAAUUUUCUUACAUUGCAGCAAUAAUGCAUUAGCAGUAAUAUUAUUUGUCAUUGUACUUUUUCUCCGCUGUUAAAAGUAUACUUUUGAUAAAAGUUAUUUAACGUUACUUUUUAUUACAGUUUUUGAAAUUAAAAUUAAGAUACAACUUUAAUUAUAAAAUUGGUAACAUGAUUAAUAUUAAACAAUAACACUACUAACAGCUGUUGAGUGAGAUAUGAGUGCAGUAUGGUACGUUUGCAUUUAUUUCUCAAUGAUAAACUUGAACUAUUUUAACCAAAUAAUAGCACAAUACGUAAUUUAAAUUACACUACUUACAAUUUCUGCAUCGACGAUCGUAAGAUGCGAAUUACUUUUUAAUCUUUCCUCUUUCUAACGAAAUUAUAUUGAAGAAUGCUAUAAACCAAAGUUAUAUAUUACGAUUUAAGAUGACAUCUACAUUUUUUAUUAUGGACAAUUGCACAUAAGUAUACAAAGGAUGAAUGUAUGAAAUGUAAAGAUAUUCUAGUCAUCACGAAUCUGCUUCUAACUUUUAUUUGUGUACGUAAAAAAUUAUCCGAGAUUGCAUAUAGGCAUAAACUAUAAUCUUUAAAUGGAGCAGUUUAAUGUGUGAAUGAGUGAAAAAGGAAAUCACGAUAAAAAAAAGGGAUAUGAAAGUAAAGAUGCAACUUAAUAUUGUCAAUUUAGAUAGGAUGCGAGAAAACCAAACGUUGGGAAUAGAGAUUCUGUAGAAAUUACAAAUGUAUGUACGUGUGCUAGGACUUUAUAACUUUAAUUACGAAUAAUUUAUAAAGUCGUCUGUCUAUUUUCGUAUAAAGACUUCCAUACUUAUUAUUUAUGUACUAACAGGACAGCAUAAGAGAGCAUGCCGCAUCGCUUCUAUAAAUCUUUGAAUCCAUGAGUUUUCAAAUUUGUAACAAUAAACCGCUUUACAAUAAAUUUACAAAAGAUGUAACUUUCUGUUGUACUGAUGUAUUGUACUUUUUAUGCUUAAUGCACUCUUUUGCUGUCAGUAUGAUAGCGAAACAAAUAGUGGCCUCGAAAUUAAUUUGUAUAUUAUCCCGUUUUCUUACGGAAAGGAUUACAAAAGUAACUACAAUGUGGGUAAUGUGUGACUACAUAUUCUAUAUGGCACUAGGAAGCAUUUAUUUUUUAUUUAUAUGUAUUUUGAAAAGAACUUUUUCAAAUAAAUAAUACAACAAAAUCAUUAC